AUGAAAGUAUCAGGUCUCUUUAUGCUCCUCUCUCUGACUCUUUUCUGCUUUAUCUCAGGUGUCUUCAGUCAAGGACAGAUUGACUGUGGUGAGUUUGGGGACCCCAAGGUCUACUGUACUCGGGAAUCGAACCCCCUCUGUGGCUCUGAUGGCCAGACAUAUGGCAAUAAAUGUGCCUUCUGCAAGGCAGUGACGAAAAGUGGUGGAAAGAUCAACCUAAAACAUCAUGGAAAAUGCUGA